CCUUGGAGUGGAAUGUGACAAGUUUGUGAAGAUGGCCAAGGUCAACACUCAAUACUCCCAGCCCUCCCUGACCCACAGUUCAGUAAAGACCCCAGACAGAGAUCUCAGUCACGUUGAGAAUGGCCUUGGCAGGGUGUCACGCCUCAUCAUCUCACUUCGUGCCUGGGCUGCCAGGCACUUACACCAUGAGGACCAGAGACCUGAUUCCUUCUUGGACCGUUUCCAUGGAGCUGAGCUGAAUGAGGUGUCCAUCCAGGAAAGCAAUGCCCAGCCCAACGAAGGCGGACAGGAACCACCAGAUACAGGGAAAGGAAGGAAGAAGGAUGCCAUCGUGGUGGACCCUUCUAGCAACAUCUACUAUCGCUGGCUGACCGUCAUUGCCCUGCCGGUCUUCUACAACUGGUGUCUGCUUGUGUGCAGGGCCUGUUUUGAUGAGCUUCAGUUAGAGCAUCUGAUACUGUGGUUGGUCCUGGACUACGCUGCAGACGUCCUUUAUGUUGUAGACAUGCUGGUUCGAGCCCGGACAGGUUUUCUUGAGCAAGGCUUAAUGGUCAGGGAUACCAAAAGGCUGUGGAAACAUUACGCAAAGACCUUACACUUUAAGCUGGACAUCCUGUCUCUCAUCCCCACAGACCUGGCUUAUUUAAAGUUGGGCAUAAACUACCCGGAACUGAGGUUCAACCGUCUACUGAAGUUCUCUCGAAUCUUUGAAUUCUUUGACCGCACAGAGACAAGGACCAACUACCCCAAUGUGUUCAGGAUAGGAAACUUGGUUCUGUACAUCCUCAUCAUCAUCCACUGGAAUGCCUGUAUCUACUUUGCCAUUUCCAAGUUCAUAGGUUUUGGGACAGACUCCUGGGUCUAUCCAAACAUCUCCAAGCCAGAGUAUGGGCGUCUCUCCAGGAAGUACAUUUAUAGUCUCUACUGGUCCACCUUGACCCUGACCACCAUUGGUGAGACCCCACCCCCUGUGAAAGAUGAGGAGUAUCUCUUUGUGGUCAUAGACUUCCUGGUGGGUGUUUUGAUCUUUGCCACUAUCGUAGGAAACGUGGGCUCCAUGAUUUCCAACAUGAAUGCUUCAAGAGCAGAGUUCCAGGCUAAGAUUGACUCCAUCAAGCAGUAUAUGCACUUCCGGAAGGUAACCAAGGACUUGGAGACUCGGGUUAUCCGGUGGUUUGACUAUCUGUGGGCUAAUAGGAAGACAGUGGAUGAAAAGGAGGUGCUCAAGAGUCUCCCAGACAAGCUGAAGGCUGAGAUCGCCAUCAACGUGCACCUGGACACCCUGAAGAAAGUCCGAAUCUUCCAGGACUGCGAGGCGGGGCUGCUGGUGGAGUUGGUGCUGAAGCUUCGCCCCACGGUGUUCAGCCCUGGGGAUUACAUAUGCAAAAAGGGGGACAUUGGAAGGGAGAUGUACAUCAUCAAGGAGGGCAAGCUGGCUGUGGUGGCUGAUGACGGGGUCACCCAGUUUGUGGUCCUCAGCGAUGGCAGUUACUUUGGGGAGAUCAGCAUCUUAAACAUUAAGGGGAGCAAGUCAGGGAACCGCAGGACGGCCAACAUCAGGAGCAUUGGCUACUCAGAUCUGUUCUGCCUUUCCAAGGACGAUCUGAUGGAGGCCCUCACGGAAUACCCAGAUGCUAAGAAGGCCCUGGAGGAAAAGGGUCGACAGAUUCUGAUGAAGGACAACCUAAUUGAUGAGGACCUGGUCAAGGCCAGGGAAGGUACCAGAGACAUUGAGGAGAAGGUGGACUACCUGGAGUCAUCCUUGGAUACCCUGCAGACAAAGUUUGCACGACUCCUGGCUGAGUACAGUGCCUCGCAGAUGAAGCUGAAACAGCGCCUCAGCCAUCUGGAGAGCCAGAUGAAUGUGAGGGGUCAUGGCUUCUCAUCUGAUGGGGAGAGUUCUGGGGAUGCUGCAAAGACAGAGUGAGAAAUGCAGGUGGUUAUCUGCCUCCUGCCUCCCACAGCCAGUUAUCUGCAGCUGAGUGGUACAGGGCUUGGCUGGGGAUUUACCUCAGUGCUAUUUAUCCCUUGCAAGUGGUGUGACUGCAAGAGAGAACCUUGGUUUCCUCAUCUAGGAAAUAGGACUCAUGAGUGUCAACUCUAUGGGAUUCCAGAUUAUCUUGAGGUCUACAUGAUACAUGGCAAAGGGUUUGGGCUUUGGAAAGUGCAAAGUGUUCCCAAUCAAGUGUGUUAUAUGGUAUGUGUACGAGAUAUGUGGGUAUGUGCAGUUGGUUAUGGAGGCCAGGCAACGGUGUUGGACCCCCCUGGGCUGGAGUUACAUACUGUUGUAAGCUGCCCAAUGUGGGUGCUGGGAUCCUGUCUUAGGGUUAUUAUUGCUAUGAAGAAACACCUUAACCAAAAGCAAGUUGGAGAGGAAAGGUUUGUUUGGUUUAUACUUCCACAGUAUAGUCCAUCACUGGAAAGUCGGGGCAGGAACUCAAACAGGGCAGGACCCUGGAGGCCGGAGUGAAUGCAGAGGUCAUGGAGGAUGCUGCUUACUGGCUUGUUCUUCAUGGCUUGCUAACACUGCUUACUUAUAGAUCCCAGGACCACCAGCCUAGGAGUGGUUCCACCUACAAUGGGCUGGACCCUCCUACAUCUACCACUAACUAGGAAGAUGCUUUAUGGGUUUGCCUACAGCUGGGUCUUAUGGAAGAUUUUUCUCAGUUGAGGCUCCUUCCUCUCAGAUGACUCUAGCUUGUGUCAAGUUGAGAUUAAAAAACCAACCAGCACAGAUCCAAACUCACAGCCCUUCCCAUAUUUGCUAAAGUGAAGGUCUUGCUGUGUUGCUCAGUCCAACCUUCAACUCCUGUGCCCAAAUGAUGUUCCCAAGAAGCAGGGACAGCCGGGCGUUGGUGGCGCACGCCUUUAAUUCCAGCACUCAGGAGGCAGAGGCAGGUGGAUACCUGUGAGUUAGAGGCCAGUCUGAUCUACAGAGCAAGUUCCAGGACAACCUCCAAAGCAAUACAGAGAAACCCAGUCUCAAACAAAGCAAAACAAAACAAAACAAAGCAAAACAAACAUAAAAGCUGAGACCCAUGGACAAUGCCCUUUUAACCUACACCUUUUCCUUAAAGAAGCUUCAAGCCCCGAUCCCCUGCCCCAUGGAAUUGCAUCCUCAAGCAAAAGUGCUUAUCUAUUGGAAAGCUUGUACAUCACAAGACCUAUUUUUAGCUAACAACCAGAACUCCAUUCACAUUUUUGCCCUUAGGUUCUGUGACUGUGAGUUAUUUGUUCAGUGUUCCAUCCUCCAAUGCAUGUUGUAAGUUCUUCCCUUCCCAUCUUCAUUUCUUCUUUCUCUUUCCUUCUAUCCUUCCUUCCUCUCCAUCCUUCUCCUGUGCUCCCUCUUCUUCCUCUUUCUUUCUAUCAAACAAAAUUCCCCCGACCCUUGCUUUGAGACAAUGUUAAAGUCUCAGGGGCCAAAUGUCAUAAUCUAUAAUUGAGUCCUAAUGUUGUUCAUGCAAAAGACACUCUAUGAUCAAUUAUGCAUUUGUGUCUCUUCUUGUGGGUCACAUGAUCAUUUCUUGUGGGCCAUCUGCUAUUUAAUCCUUUUAAAUGGUUAGAAGAUGUAUUAAAGAGCAUGGAUUCAACUUCAUAUCAUCAACAAAAUGUAAUCAAUAAAUGUUAUAUAUUUUAUAAAAUUAAAUAUUUAUAACAAUGAA